UUUACAAACUAAAAAAAAAUAUGUUAUACAUUAUAUGGCUUUAAAACAAGCUUUAAAAGCAGGAUUGGUAUUGGAAAAAGUACAUAGAGUUUUAAAAUUUGAUCAAUCUCCAUGGCUUGAAAAGUAUAUACGAUUAAACACAAAUAUGCGGAAAAAUGCAAAGAACGAUUUUGAAAGAGAGUUCUUCAAACUAAUGAAUAAUGCAGUCUUUGGAAAAACUUUGGAAAAUGUAAGGAAUUGAUUAAGAAUGAUGCUGGUGUGUGACGAAAAAAAGUGUUUAAAGUUAAUUAACCUAAAUACGUUCAAGGACAUUACAAUAUAUAACGAAAACCUGGUCGCAAUACAUUUGAACGUUGAUAUAUUAAAAUUUGAUAAGCCAAUAUACGUAGGAUUUUCUAUUUUGGACAUAUCAAAAACUUUAAUUUAUGAUUUCCACUACGGAUCAAUGGUAAAAACUUAUGGCGACAAUAUUCAACUGAUGUACACGGACACAGAUUCAUUGAUUUACAAUAUAAUGACGGUUGACUAUUACAAUGAUUUGAUGAACAACCUUGAACUUUUACAUCGCAUGGAUACUUCAAAUUUCUCAAUUGAUCAUCCAUACUAUUGUAUCGACAGAAAAAAGUUACCAGGAACUUUCACUGAUGAAUGUAAUGGGAUAGCAAUAAGACAAUUUAUUGCCCUACGAGCUAAAUCUUAUGCAUUUAAUAUAGCUGGUGUUGAAAAAAUCAAGGCAAAAGGAAUACGUGGGCAUGUUGUUAAAAACCAUUUAAGUAUUUCAGAUCACAAGAAAUGUUUGUUUUGGAAAGGUGCAAUGAUCGAUGACAAAAGUGCACGAUCUAUGGCAAUCAUUCAAUCUGAGUUGUUUAAAUCUAUUGGGCAUACAUCAUCAACGAAUGAGUAUACACCGUUUAGAGUAAACAAUUCAUUUAGAUCGUACAAUCAUCAGAUGAAAACAAUUUCAACAGUUAAAUUAGCGUUAAACCGAUUGGACGAUAAGAGACAUGUGCUUGACGACCAAAUUCAUACCUUAGCUCAUGGUCAUUAUCGUAUAGAGGAACUUGAGAGGGUGGAAGCAGAGAUGGUUGCAAUGAUGUAGGGAAUAGGAUAUUAAGUUUUAUGAAGAUAGUUGAUUAUAUUAUAAGUAACAUGUAUACAUUAUAUUUAAUUUUAAAAUCUGAAAAUAUCAUUUAAAAAUCAUGUAUCAUUUUUCUGUAAAUAUUAUGUUUAUG